AUGCGCGUGAACCUGACGUACGACGAGAUGACGGCCCCGAUCGAGGGACCGAGGCACGAGACGCGAGAGGAUAGACUCACGGGGCGAGGGGCGAGGAAUCACGCGCUCGGGCAGGUGGACGCGACGACGGUGAACGCGUUUAGUUUCGACGAACAGUACAAUACGUACAAUUCGCGGGGGUACGCGGCGGCGCCGUCGGGGACUGGGGUCGUCGGUGACGCCGACGCGAUGCGAGCGAGCAAGGGGGAGACGGCGUUUAAUAUUUCUGCGGCGAAAAAACGAAGGAUUCGCGAGGAAGUGCUCGCGGGGGUGGCGACGCCGGCGAGCGGCGAGACGGAUACGUCGGCGUGGGCGCCGGCUCGAGCGGCGCAAAAGGAGAAGGAGUACGUGAAAUGGCACAUGGAUAAUCGCGAGGCAAAGCUUCGGGCGAAAGGAAAGUUGGAAGGUUUGGAGACGGGUCCGGGCGAGGACGGCGGCGCUCAAGACGACUCAAAGUUUACAAAGUUUCACGGCUCGGAGGAAGUCAACUACGCGGGGGAUUCUUGGAUUGCGGCGCCAAAGAGCGAGAAGCGCGAUGGAGAUGGAACUUGCUUCGCGCCGAACAAGUGCGUGCACACGUUUAACGGUCACACGAAGGGUGUGUCAAAGAUUGAAUUUUUCCCUCACACCGGUCACCUGUUGCUCUCGGCGGGCAUGGACAACGUGGUCAAGAUUUGGGACGUGUACAACAGUCGAAAGUGCAUGCGCACGUACAUGGGACACGACAAGGCGGUAAAAGACGUGUGCUUCAACGGCGAUGGCACGCGCUUCGUGUCGACGUCGUGGGAUAAAAAGGUUCGAUUGUGGGACACGGAGACUGGCAAAAUAAUCCAAACCGUGACGAGCGGGAAAAUCGGUUACUGCGCGAAGAUUCAUCCAAAGCAAGACAACUUGGUGUUGAUCGGGCAGAGCGAUAAAAAAAUCGUGCAGUGGGACAUGAACAACGGGGACUUGGUGCAAGAGUACGACCAGCAUCUCGGGCCGGUGAACUCGAUCACUUUCGCCGACGGCGGCGAACGCUUCAUGUCCUCUUCGGACGACAAAACGCUUCGAGUUUGGGAGUUUGGAAUCCCGGUGACGACUAAAUACAUCGCUGACCCGUCGAUGCACUCCGUGCCCGCGACUGCGAUAUCGAACAACGGCAAGUACAUCAUCGGUCAAUCGCUCGACAAUCAAAUUAUCACCUUUAGCGUCGACGAACGCUUUCGAAGAAACAACAAGAAACGCUUUGGUGGUCACCACAACGCCGGUUACGCGUGCCAGCCCGCGUUUUCUACCGAUGACAGCACCGUCGUUAGCGGCGACGGGUCUGGUAAGAUCUUCUUCUGGGAUUGGAAGACGUCCAAAAUCAUCAAAUCCGUCAAGGCGCACGCCGAGGUGUGCAUCGGCGUCGCUUGGCACCCGCUCAAGAGCUCCGUCGUCGCGUCGUGCAGUUGGGACAAGACGAUCAAGCUGUGGAAGUAG